GGAGCGGUGAAAGCUGUGUUCGAAAGUUUCUGUUAAAUAUGUCAUAUUCCAAUGGAAAACUCAAGAAAAUCUAAUGGUGCUUCUGUUCGUUUUCAUCCCUGAGUGUGUUUUGGAAGUGAAGCCCACAGAAUGCUUGGUGUUUAUGGUACAUAUCUUGUAAUCACCUAUGCCACCUGUCAAACCAAAAAACUAUUAGCAACCUACUACGUUGCAUUCAUCAAACUAUACCAGUGCUCAUUGAGAGGUUUAGCUCAUGAAACUUCAUUUGUAAAGAAUACUUCCCGUUGAGGAAUGUCACCAAAGAUGCAAAUCCUAUGGGUAGGAAUACCAUAAUAUCGUUCUUCUACUCUUUAACCACUCAUGGUCUGCUGUCAAUCGUGAUCUGAGUGGUGCACCAUAUUCAUCUUCGUUGCAGUCUCAACUGUAAUGACAGUCAUUUUGGCAGUUGUAAUCUCUACUUAGCCUACCAACAGACACAGACAUGUACCUCAACACAAUUUCUACUGAAUUGCCAACUGUUAGCCAUCUGUUGCCUAUUUGCUGGCCCUACAGUCUUUCUAGCCAUCGGACAGCAGAAAACACAGCCUUCUUCGUCUUCGCCACGCCCGUCGUCACCUCGCCCGUCAUCCCGUCUUCGCAUCGCCCGUUGUCCCGACUUCGCCUCGCCAGUCGCCCCGUCUUCGCCUCGCCCGUCGCCCCUUCUUCGCCUCGUGGUCGCGCCGUCUUCACCUCGCCCGUCGCCCCUUCUUCGCCUCGUGGUCGCGCCGUCUUCACCUCGCCCGUCGCCCCUUCUUCGCCUCGCCCGUCGCCCCGUCUUCGCCUCGCCCGUCGCCCCUUCUUCGCCUCGCCCGUCGUCCCGUCUCCGCCUCGCCCGUCGUCCCGUCUCCGCCUCGCCCGUCGUCCCGUCUCCGCCUCGCCCGUCGUCCCGUCUCCGCCUCGCCCCGUCUUCGCUUCGUGGCCACGCCGUCUUCGCCACCCCUAUCGCCCCUUCGUCACCUCGUGGUCGCCUCGUCUUCGUGGUAUGGUUGUGUUUUGUUUUAUGUUUUAUUAUGUCUUGCAAAUUAACCCGUUGGCUGCCACACUCCCGCUUUGAUCCCCUUUUUUUUGUAGCUUGACAGGGACGGGCCGCGCUGUUCUGCUCCAUGGUCUAUCUGCCAUGGGGUGGAGCAGCGCCACUGCCCAAGAUUGGCCGAAUGGCCCCAAAGGCAAUGCACCACAGGGAAUCCCUUGAUCGAGACGGCGAUGUAGACCUGGGAUGUGCAUUUCCGUAAAGGUCUCAUCGCCGUCUCAGCCCGGCCCACCCGGCCCCCUUGGUCGCUAUCCCUUUGAUAGCGACAGUAGCUAUUGUAGAUAGGUGGCGUGGCAGCCAACGGGUUAGUUUUAAGUGUAUUUGUGUAUGUAUUGUAUGUUGUGUA